CCCAUUAGGCAGUGUGCUAAUGUGAACAGUAGCCUGCAGUGCAGUGGGUGCACUGUUUAAAAAGAGAUGCUUGAGGACCACUGUAAUGAGCACCAGGCCCUGGAAAGAAGGCACUAACACCAAAAGCGGGCAUGUGUAAGUUUCCUGAAAAAUGCACUGAGAUUCAAUUUUUGCUUGUUAGGCUGUAAAUACAUGUGGCAAUGUAGCUGCUGCUGCUGCUGCUGCUGCCUCUCGUGAAAUUGUCCCAUUAUGUCCUCAAGUAAUCAUAUAUUAAUAUUGAGUGGAAUAUGCAUUUUCGAAUAAAUCCUACAUUAUGUUAAAUAUGUUUUAAAGUGACAAUAAUAUGUAAAUAGAUUUAGAUUUAGAGCGGAAGUGCCCUCAAUAGUGAUCACGGCAUAGUUCAACAUUUGGAAUUCAGAUGGUUUAAUCGCUGUCACUGCUGAUCCCCUGCAUCUCAUCUCGUAGUGCUGCAGCUGUGGCUGUAACAGCCUACUGUGGAUUACUCUUCGGCAUGCGCUGAUAAUGACCACUGACUUUGGCUGGGCCGUGAACGCGCGCUCCGCGAGCCACGGUCAUUUCUCUAUACCGUGUGUGUGAAUGGUCGCUCCCUGGGUGCCGCUGCGCGCAGCCUUUACCGAUCGGCCGUGGUUCAGUGUUCAGAGCAUGCCCGCUCGCCCCGCCGUUUCUCCGGUCCGAAGAGAAGCAACGGAAGACGUGCCGUUUGCGCACAGCCGUGUUCAUCCGGUUUUGGUCCAUUUUGGGGGUUUGUUUUUUUCUUUUCUUUUUCUCUUUUCUUUUCUUUUUUUUUUUUUUUUUUUUUUUUUUUUUUUUGCCAGUCAGCACUGUUUGCCUAUAACGACCACCAGCGCAGAACGGACGGUUCCGUUUGAUUCCACGAUUUUGGUGAGAUGCUGAACUGGAGGCUCCUUGCCUGCCCUCUCUAUCAGCUCACCCCCUCGUGCUGUCAUCUCACUUCGCGUUCAAUAACGGCUUGACAGGAUAGUCAGGGAAAAAACAAACAAACAAAAAAAACACAAGAAAAAAGAGCGAGAGAGAAGCAUGCAAUAAACAAGUGUCAAGUAGCUUCGGGCUGGUUCGGUUGGAGGGAAGGAAAAGUUCAAGUUGAAGAAGGAGGAUUAUGCAGUGAGUGCCGCACGUAACUAUAAACAGGUGACUGAAGUGGAGACAGACAUUAGGGAGGCCCUUAGGAGAGCCCUCCCUCUCCCGUCACUGCCUUCUCCUCCGUCUACUCUGUGUCUUCUUCUCGCUGCAUUCAAACCCCCCCACACAACAUCAGCAUGGAUCUGAAGGACCGCAGAAAUCGCUCACUGACCAGGGGCCGCUGCUCCAAAGACUCCCAGUAUAACACCUCCUCCCUGGAUGCCGAUGAGUGUCGUGUGCCUACCCAGAAGUCCUAUAGCUCGAGUGAAACGCUCAAGGCCUUCGACCAUGAGCAGAGGCUGCACUACGGCGGGUGUGUGACGGACCUGGUUCACCACGAGGCUGAUGAGUAUUCUAGGCAAGGCCUCCUGGAGUUCUCUCCUGUCCUCCUGCGAUACUUCAUCUCAGGGGGCAACUUCACCCUGGCCGAGCUCGGAGUGUGCGAGCCGUCUCCCCCUCCGCACCCCGCCGCUGUUCCUUACUGUCCCGACCUCGGCCUACUCCAGCGGGGUUACUCCCUUAGCGCUGGCUCCGACGCCGACUCAGACCCCGAGGGGCCGCUGUCUCCGGAGCGGGCCAUCCAGCUGUGGGCCGGACGAGGAGGGGUAAAGUCCCGCCGAAGCUCAGGAGUGUCCAGUCGCGAGAACUCAGCCCUCACCCUCACUGACUCUGAGAAUGAUAACAAGUCCGAUGAUGAGUCAGCUUACCUGGAUGAUGAGGAUGAUGACGAUCCAUUCGGAGACUAUGUGAUCACAGAUACUGGUCCCGCUGAUAUGUUAAGAACCUUCUACAGCCAAGUCCAGCUCUCCUAG